CACAUCAAGAGGCUAGAAAGUCAUGACAAAUAUCAAAUAUAUGUCUUCUUGACGAAAGCAGAAAUAAUAAACAAAGCCAUGAAACCCCAAAGUUGAAAACACAAAGCCAUAGUUACAUCCACUGUAAGAAAAACAUUUAGUUGCUCAAGAGGAGGAAAGUGAAAUAAUGAGCAGCAACAACAAUAAUUCUGCUCCAUCAUCUGGCUCUUGGCGAACUGGUGUUAGAUUCUCUGGUUAUCACAUUCCCACCAACAGGGACUCUUUCGAGGUGCCUGCUUCCUCCCAAUCUCCUUCUACGCGUACCACUCCGCGUCAGAUGACACCAAGUCCAUUGAAUCCUUUGUGGUAUAUGGCAGAUAGAAGGCAAGCAGGGCUCUACAGCAUACCUGAAAGUGACUCUUACGAGGUGCCAGUGUUCUACCAAGCUUCUUCGAGACAUGCCACUCCUGAUGAAAGGACAUCAAAUGUAGUGAAUCAUCUUCAGUUUCUGGAAGACAGUUUUCCAGCACAACCGGACAUUCUCAAUGGAGAUACAGGAAGGGGAUUCAACCGCAGGCUCAGAGAAACUCACCAGGCAUCAGUCCCGCCUCGAAGAUCCACACGCCAAUCAAACGCACAAGCUCCAACGGCACCAGAAAAUCCCAGAUGUAGAGCCUUGAGCAAGCUCAGGAAAGAAAUCUACGAGCCCAAUAUUCCAACUUCAAAGAUGCUAGCAAAGAAAUUGAGCUUCUACUACAGAGACAAUAAAGGUGUGAAUGCUUUGAAGGAGAUGGAGAACAAGCAAAAGAACGAAGACAGAAAGAGUUGCGCGGUGUGCCUGGAGGAUUUCGUGCCCAAACAGGAGGUAAUGGUGACGCCGUGCAAACACAUGUUUCACGAGGAUUGUAUAAUGCCAUGGCUGAGAAGCCAAGGUCAGUGUCCGAUAUGUAGAUUCGUGAUCUGCGAGAAAGAGAGGGAGAACGAUGUUGGCACCAGUUACCUAAUUGCAGGGGAUCUUCUGUCUAUUGUGAGGGCCAUGGAAGAAGCCUUCCGAUUGGAUCCCGAGACGCUCUGA